CGCCCCCGCCGCCGAGCCGGCCCGGGGAUAAAGUGGCGGCGCAGACGCCGCACCCUGUCGCCGCGAAGCCGGUCGCGCGCAGCUCGUCCCGGCCCUAGCCCGCCGCAAACGAAGAUCCGCGGCGCUCGGGGAACGCGACAGCGGCGCUCGUGGCCCCGGUAACUGCCUCCCGGCCCCCGCCCCAGCCCGCCAGUGCCGCCGUCAGGGGUGGGGAGCAGCAUCGGGGUCCCGGAAACACCCGGCGUGAGCUCCCGCUACCCAUGUAUGCGUGUGUGUGUUCACGGUGUGUGUGCGCGCGUGUCCUUGUGUGCGCGCGUGUGUGUGCGCGCGCGCCCUCCCUGCUCCCUCGCACCAGCCCCCAAACCAACUUGUCCCCAUCAACUCCAUCUUUCUAGUCCCCACCUUCCCCGGUGCAGAUACCGGCGAAGCGCCCCCCGGUUUUCCCAGGGGCAUUUCCGAUGACAGCUGCGGGGCUACAUGUCCUGUACUGUCGGAGACGCGCAGGAAGCAAAGUUUGUGAGAAACCUUGGGGGCGACUUUGCCUCGGGCACCCGCAUUUGUGCGUCUGCGAGGUGCCUCGGUGUGCGCCGAGCUAGUUUCCCAGUUUCCCGGGCCCCUCCCUGCUCCGAGCCCCUCCAGCGAUUUGUUUAGGAAAAGUGAUUACAUGAACUAGUAGUGGAGAUUCGCAGCGCCGCUCCCCGCCCUGGGGAGGGAGGGGAGCCCUGGAGAGAGCCUGCCAGUGGGAGCUGGAAGCAGGCUCCCGGCUGAGCGCCCCAGCACGAAAGGCAGGGUCUGGGUGCGGGAAGAGGGCUCGGGAGCUGCCUUCAUGCUGCCUUGGGGCCGCCUAGAUGAGGGAACAGCCGGGUUUGCCUGGUUCUGAUUCUCCAGGCUGUCGUGGUUGUGGAAUGCAAACGCCAGCACAUAAUGGAAACAGGAUCUGAAGACCCUUCCAGAAUGCCAGAGGAAAGUUCCCCCAGGCGGACCCCACAGAGCAUUCCCUACCAGGAUCUCCCUCACUUGGUCAAUGCAGACGGACAGUACCUCUUCUGCAGGUACUGGAAACCCACAGGCACACCCAAGGCCCUCAUCUUUGUGUCCCAUGGAGCUGGAGAGCACUGUGGCCGCUAUGAAGAGCUGGCUCAGAUGCUGAUGGGGCUGGACCUGCUGGUGUUCGCCCACGACCAUGUUGGCCACGGACAGAGCGAAGGGGAGAGGAUGGUAGUGUCUGACUUCCAUGUUUUUGUCAGAGAUGUGUUGCAGCAUGUGGAUUCCAUGCAGAAAGACUACCCUGGGCUUCCUGUCUUCCUUCUGGGCCACUCCAUGGGAGGUGCCAUCGCCAUCCUCACGGCCGCAGAAAGGCCGGGCCACUUCGCCGGCAUGGUACUCAUUUCACCUCUGGUUCUUGCCAAUCCUGAAUCUGCAACAACUUUCAAGGUCCUUGCUGCGAAAGUGCUCAACCUUGUGCUGCCAAACUUGUCCCUCGGGCCCAUCGACUCCAGCGUGCUCUCUCGGAAUAAGACAGAGGUCGACAUUUAUAACUCAGACCCCUUGAUCUGCCGGGCAGGGCUGAAGGUGUGCUUUGGCAUCCAGCUGCUGAAUGCCGUCUCACGGGUGGAGCGCGCCCUCCCCAAGCUGACGGUGCCCUUCCUGCUGCUCCAGGGCUCUGCCGAUCGCCUGUGUGACAGCAAAGGGGCCUACCUGCUCAUGGAGUCAGCCAAGAGCCAGGACAAGACUCUCAAGAUUUAUGAAGGUGCCUACCACGUUCUCCACAAAGAGCUUCCUGAAGUCACCAACUCCGUCUUCCAUGAAAUAAACAUGUGGGUCUCUCAAAGGACAGCCACGGCAGGAACUGCGUCCCCACCCUGAAUGCACUGGCCGGUGCCCGGCUCAUGGUCUGGGGGACGCAGGCAGGGGAAGGGCAGAGAUGGCUUCUCAGAUGUGGCUUGCAAAAAAAAAAAAAAAAAUCAGAAAUUGGAGAAAUCUCUAGCACAAUUUACUAAAAAAUAACAAAAAGACAUUUUUGUUAUACAUUACGCUAUCAGACACUGGAUCUAUCUUAAUGGGUAGACACUUUAUGCAAAAAAAGAGAAAGGUCCCAGGUAAUUUUCCACAGAUAAUGUGCUAAAAUGUCCACUGAAAACAAAGCCAAGCCUCUGCCCGCCUCUCCCAGCUCCCACAGGGGUUCCAGGAAUUCCUGGUGUUCCCAGGACACCAGACUGCAAUAACUGGAGGCACCUCCCUCCUGCCCACCCUCACUCGCGCCCCAGCGCCCUCUCUGACCGGCCUCCACUUGGUGGCCUUCCUCUGGCUGUGUGAUGAGGUGGCUGCUGUCUCCAUAGGGGCCAGCUCCCCGGGGCAGACUCACGUGCCCCUCUGAGGCUCAGAAAAUGCCCAGCCCUUCCUCAAAAUAAGCAGCCACUCAUGACUUUGUGGGCUCCUUGUUACCCUGAGGCCAGGCUUUGCAGAGGGGAGGGGGGUGAGGCUUAGCCCAGAAAUAUAACUGAGCAGGAAACCGAGCCUCUUCUCUGUCCUCUGCCCUUCCCCUCCUGCCAGGGAGAGGCGCAGGUUGGCCCCUGAGUGCUGUCUGUAGUCACAAAGGCUGCCUUUCCUCUGGAGUCACUAAUUUUACCUGAUGCUGUUAGAGAAUCGUAUUGAAGAUGAAAUGUCUAAUAUAUAAUAUAUAUUUUAAAGCAGAGACUAUUUUGGUGGGUAGGUGGGAGGGAGCAAGGGAAGUUUGAAGGAAUCAGAGCUUGAUGCUACUGUACAGAACUGGACAGGUUAGGCCGGCAGUGGUGGGGCCAGAGGGCCCUGUGCUCCAGGAGCUAAGCCAGCAGCCCCCAAGAGGGGACUUGGCUGGGCCUUUCCUAUGGGCAAGGCCCAGUGCCCUUCCUGUGCCACUCCCUGUCCCCCGGGGACCAUGGAGCAGUGGCAGCCUAUGGGGCUGUGAUCCCUGGGCCUGGGCCAGGGCCUGCCUAUGGCCCAGAGCUACCCUGGGAGUGUCAGUGCUAGCAGCACAGCUACCUCUGGUGGCAGGAGAAGAGAGGCCCCGCACAGUGGCAGGCCAGGCCUUCCUGCCCAGGUCUACAUGGAGCACUCGGUGACCCAGAGCAGGGACUGGAGGCACUCCCAGCCCUGCCCCAGGCCACAGCAGGACAGGCCAGGACAGGCCUCACCCAAGGCCAAGGCUGGCAUCAGCCAAUCUUUCGGAGUUGAGGCCCUGGCCCUAGCCUGCCCAUCUCAGGUGCCAACACCACCCCAGCCCUGCCCUUGGCCUCACUUGGUCCCAGCAAUAAGUGGGGGUCACCACCCGCCUGGGGAAUACUUUCACCUUCUAAAUGGGACUUGCUGUUACCUCAGGAGGCUCCUUAGUGCAAACGUGACCCUGCUCAGGGCGUUGCCACCGUUGAAGCCCUGCAGAAGGUGCAAUCUAGGGGUUCUGGGGCCACAGAGGAGGGGGCCACUUCCCACCAGGACCCCAACAUGAAGUCUAGGCAGUGGGGGCUCCCGCCCUUCUUCCUCCAGCAGCGGGAACUGCCACUGCUCUCCUAGGCCCUGUUCUGGAGGCUAACCUUGGUUCCUGGAACGUGUGCCCCUCCACCCUCCCUGCAGCAGCCCUGAUCACACCGUGACAGAGCCGGGAAUGGGUCACCCUGCUGAAGCUCACUCUGUGCCCUGGGGGAGGAGCCAAGCCCUCACCCCACAAGGGGCAGGUGGGGGCUCUGGUGGUGACCCGGCCCACGUCCCCACAGAGCGCCUUCUGUAGCUCCAGCUUGUCUCCCUGGCUUCUCUUUGAAGGAGAAAAAUGUAAAAUAUGCACUGAGAGAGAAAGCCAGCCCCGCCUGCUCGGUCAGCACCGGCAGCAGGACAGCCAUGGGAGCUCGGGAAAAGCAGGAACCCUUUCCAAAAGCAAAGAGACGCCCUGGGCUCAGAUCUGUAAUUCUCCCAGGAGCUGUGACAAAGCAGGUCACACAAAGUCCCUACGCCUCCCUGCCACCUCCCCCAGACGCAUGUGAUGGCAUCGCCAUUCCCCAAAUUAAGUAUCGGCAUGCGGCCUGACCAGGGACUCUUUAGAUGCAUGAAUUUAUUUAUAUGAAGGCUCUCACAGAGACACACACAGCACUUCAGUAGCAUUUGCAUUCCUGGUUAAAGAAUCACCAAUAUUUAAAAGAAAAACUUUCCUGAAAUUGGGACUGUUUCAUGUUAUCCGGAAGGGCUGGUACAUCCGCCCACCGUGUCCCCCUGCUGGGUCAGGAGCCAGCACAGGACCCUGUGCGUGAGCGAGCCUGACAUCUCACGCGUGGCCACUCCAGAGCUGGUCCCCGUCCUUGGAAAGCUGUGAAGUCUUGCGUUGAGUUCCUUCUCGAUAUUGACGGCUCUGUGCUGACAUUCUGAGCUCUGGAGUCGCACUGACGCAGGGCCGUGGAGGAACUGAGGUUUGGAAGGGAUGCCAGGUCUCACAUAGCUUGGCCUCGAGAAGGUGAGAGGAAGGCCAAGGUCAGGGAGAGGACCCAGAGAGGUCUGGCACACAAGGCCCAAGCACCACCGUCAACACGGCCCAGUCCAUACAGAAAUGGGUUUCAUGCCUGAAAAAUAUUUUACAGAAAGAUGCCACCUGUAGCCGGUGACAGCCGCAACCCUACAGGCCUCAGUUCCUUGCAGAGGCGAGGAGUAGAGAGUCAGCCUCCCUCCCUUCCAGCAGCGACCCAGCUUCCCCCGCUUCCAGGUGGUGCUGGGCUCACCGAGGGAGCACUGGUGGGUACUCUGAAAACCCACAGGCUCUGCUCGGACUCCACCCCCAGGCCCACCUGGGUCCUAUCUCACGCUCUUCUCUCACCAAUUGCUAACAUAGACCUUGUUGGGAUCACGACAGCUUCACAAGCCAGCUGUUGGGUUUGCUAUGUCACUGUGGCUCAGUCACAUCCCUGUGUGUAUACUGUCUGCGGGGCACAUAUGUAUCCGUUUAGAGCUAAAGGAAUCAGUGUACACUACAGCUAAUCCUAAUAAAUCCGAUGUUUUCGGAA